AUGGGGGAUGAAAAGAAGAGGAAGCAGAUCAAAGGGUGCAUCAAGAACAGCAGAGGGCCUUGGAUUGUUCAUAGAAGCACCAAAAAUGGCGGCAUUGUAACGAAAUACAGACAUCCCAGUGAGAGGGAGAGGGAAAAUAACAGGCAAAGGGAACGGAGAAGACGAGCUGUUGCUAGGAAGAUUUUUCAAGGGCUUCGACAGAACGGAAACUAUAAGCUGCCGAAGCAUACUGACAGUAAUGAUUUACUUAAGGCUCUUUGUAAUGAAGCUGGUUGGCAUGUUGAAGAAGAUGGCACCAUUUCUAGAAAGCAGGAGACUGUUUCCGGACUGCAACAAUCGGUCGGUGCAACCACCGGUUAUGCUCAGCCUGAAGAUGGUGAGUGGUAUAACAGCAAGAUGGGUUCAAAAGUUGGGGCAUCAACUUCAUCACUUUCACACUGCCAUGGAAAUGGAGGACAUGAUCUUAAGCUCUCACUUUCACACUGCCAUGUAAAUGGAGGACAUGACCUUAAGCUCUCACUGUCACUGUCAAUUUCAAGUUUGUCUUGA